UGGCAACGUCAGACGUCUUUCUUAAAUUUGUAUGCAUCGCCAUUCCAUCGAUAACUUCUGUUUCCCUGCGAGUUUUCCUGAUUCAAAAGCUGCGUCGCGUUGUGAUCUUGUUCGGGUCUGUCGUUUUGGUUAAAUAAUAUGAGUUUGGGAAAGCUGCCUGUACAAGCGUAUCCGGCGAAGGAGCGAACAUCAGGACGACGCAUAUCAGUCAACGACCUGUCGCACCCUAGGUCAUUGGGAUCGGGCCUUCCGGGGCAUCGCGUACAGUCUGUAAUAUGCUUCGCAUCCGCCCAAGCCGAAUCACAGCGUCCAUAUCCGUACUCACCUUCAGUCACUGCUGCAGCUGCGCGACCACUGACGUCGGGGAGUAUCGCUUCACGCCGUGCCGGGUUUCCUUUGGUGCGUUCCCGCGAAAUAACCAGUGAGGGUGAUCAUUUGGAGACGGGGCGAUUCACAACGAGCAAGGUGUUGCAGCGCUCCAAACAGCUCAUGCGUCCGUGUGCUCUCUUCGGUACCCGUCGGGAUGCCGUGGAGAUUCUAGAGUCAAAGCUGCCCAGCCGUUUCGUCCAUUCUCUGCACUGUCCAUCUACCACUGACACAUAUUGGAAGGUGGUUGAAGCGAGGAAUAGCGCGCUGGAGAAGGUGAUUGCUGGGGUAACGACGGCGUACGAAGCCGCCUACGGCGACCAAAUUGCGGCUUUCUCCAUGUUCAUGAUUUCGGCGCUGCGGGACGGUCUCGUGCCGCAUCAGCCGCAAGCCACACCGUCGCACUGGAUCAAGCUGCUCGCAAUUUAUAUGCAACAGACAGUUCAACGUUUCUACAUGUUCGCAUCGCUACUGUUUGGUUUUGACGAGCUAUCGCCGGACGAUCAGCGGACCUUAUUGGUGGAAAAGCACUUAAUAAGCUGCUUGUGGAGAUUUACCUGCUGUUAG